UAUCGAUUCUGCAAGCACUAAAAUAUCCCUGUCAUUCGCGGUUCGACGCGCUAAGGUCGUUGUAGUCAUCGUCAUGCCUCUCAGCUCAAUUCCAGGCAACCUCUCGCCAACGUUUGCGCAUAAUCCUUCUUUCUCCCAAUCAAAAUUACGUUUCCCUGGACCGAAUAACUAGCUAGCCUGCGAGUGCAGCUAAGAUAUUCGCCAACAUGGAGAACUGCUCUAUUUGGACAUGAGUGAUCUUUUUCCUUGCCACCCGACAGUCGCUCACCUUGUAGACCUUGAGUCCGACCGUCGAGAUGGGUGUGAACGGCCUCUGGACCGUGAUUCAGCCCUGCGCGAGACCGACGAACCUUGCGACGCUGAAUCGCAAGCGCCUCGCCAUCGAUGCCUCCAUUUGGAUCUAUCAGUUCCUGAAAGCCGUUCGCGACAAAGAAGGAAAUGCCCUGCGCAACUCCCAUGUUGUCGGCUUCUUCCGUCGCAUAUGCAAGCUUCUCUGGUUCGGCAUCAAGCCGGUUUUCGUGUUUGAUGGAGGAGCACCUGCGCUCAAGCGUCAGACCAUCACGAGCCGCAAGCGAAGACGGGAUGGCAGACGGGAAGAUGCCGUGCGCACGGCGGGCAAGCUGCUGGCUGUCCAGAUGCAGCGCAUCGCUGAAGAGGAGGGCGAGAAGCGGCGGAGGCAAUUGGAAUUGGAGAAGGAAGGUUUCAGGCCGAUCGAGGUCGAAGAACCGGUUGAGGAACUUCCAGCCGCCGACCAGUUUGUCUAUGUUGAGGAGCUGGGCAUGAGCCAGAAGGAACGGCAACAGAACAGGAAGUUUUACAAGCAAGAUGCAUAUCACCUACCCGAGCUCACCACCAGUAUAGAGGGAAUGGGGAAACCCGAGGAUCCUCGAAUCAUGAGCGUCGAAGAGCUGGAAGAGUAUGCGAGGCAGUUUCAGAGUGGUGAAGACAUCAACCUCUACGACUUCAGCAAGAUCGAUUUCGAAGGCGACUUCUUCAAUAGUUUGCCCCCUGCAGAUCGCUACAAUAUUCUUAACGCUGCAAGGAUACGGAGUCGACUCAGAAUGGGUUUGAGCAAAGAGCAGCUAGACGAUAUGUUUCCCGACCGAAUGGCAUUCUCAAAAUUUCAAAUAGAAAGAGUUAAAGAGAGAAAUCACCUAACCCAGCGGCUGAUGAAAGAAGCGGGCAUGCAAGGCACUGAUUUGACCUUGGGUGUCAAUGGCCGCAUCGCGGGAGAGAAAGACCGCGAAUACAUACUGGUCAAGAAUGCUGGCGCCGAGGGUGGCUGGGCACUUGGUGUUGUUAGCAAGGAAAGAGAUGUGGGAGAGAUGCAUAAGCCAAUUGAUGUCGACGCACUUGAAUUCCAAUAUCAAACCAAAAACGACGAUGAAGAGUGGGAGGAUAAUGAUGAUUUCGAGGAUGUACCGAUUGAAGGCUUGAAUAGGCUGCCAAAAGUCUCUCAACCUACACGGCGACAGCUCUAUGAUUCGGCCGUUCAGGAUGACCAGCACAGUGGCAUGAUGGUCGAUGAAGACGACGACUCUCUGUUCGUUCAAGACCCUUUCGCUGCUGUUGAUGAUCUCUUUGAGCCUUCAAAGGGUGACCAGAUAGCAGAGGACGAAGAAGAGGACACCAACCGUGCCAUUGCCUUGUCACUUAAAAACCAGCAUCGAGGCGGGACUCUAGCACAGGAGGACGACGAAGCGGAUUUCGAAGAUGUCCCAGUUCCUCAAUGGACCCAGAAGGCUGUGGAGCAGCCGAAACCAGUCACGUCUAUGAGCGGUAGCAUGAUAGCGCACAUCGUGAAUAAUAGGGCGAAUGCGGCGACUUCUGCAGUGCGGAAGAGACGGCGGAGCGAUGCAAGUGAUGAUAGUGACGUAGACUUGCGUGCAGCGGUCUCUGCGGCCAGAAAGAAGAAAACAGUACCUCCAAAGCCCAAGGUUGCGCCAAACUUCUCAAACGUAAAGAACCCAUUCGAUGGCCCUUUGCCCUUCGAGAAACUUGACUGGAGGUCUAGCAUUUUUGGCAAGAAGCCGGAGAAGCCAGUACCGGAAGAUCCUUUGCGAGAGCGUGAGUCCGUUGCGGAAGAAGCCGAGAAUGACCUCGGCGGAGGUUUUGUGGUCGAAGUUGAGGGAGAUGAGGCAGAAAGAACGCAGGGGGCAGAAGAGUCGCGGCCUUUGCCGCCGUGGAUGCAGAGUGAGGCGGAUAUUCGAGAUUCAAUGAAGGCGCAGCGCGAACUCGAAAAGAAAAUCAACGAAGAGGAUCGUGAAGCAGAAUUGGAAGAGGAGGAACAGCGGCGGAAAGAAGCUAUCAUUGAGAUUCCGUCGUCCAAUGAGGAUAGCGACGUUGAAAUCGUAGAAGCACCAGCACCGAAACCACUAAAGUCCUCGGCGGCGCCGGCACAGAACCGUCUAUCAGCAGCAACGCUGGCGAAGCUCAGUCCCCCGGUGUCCAGUAUUGAUGCAGUGGCAGAUGAUGUCAUCUCUGUCCAUCCUCUUGACACAUUUGCAGAAGACUCUGCUGUUGAGGAAGCCCGGACUAGUCAUGCGAGUGAUGGAAAGUGGUUACACACACAAACAAAUGAUGUACAGCACAAUGAUGAGAAAGCCCGAUCGCCUGAACCAGCGUUUGAGGAUAUAUCAACGACGCCAAGCCAGCUUGACAAGGCCGACAUUGCCGCAGCAGAACUUGACAAGGAGCUUUUUGGUGACGACAAUGAAGCUUCUGUGGCAGAUGUGGAGAUGCUCGUGAAUGACGAGGGCACUGCGGGGGACGAGUUCAGCGACCCUGAAGAUGAAGAACUUUUUGUCCAGAUGGCCGAAGAAGCAGAAGAGCACGCACGUUUUGCCAGUCAACUGAAUAACAAGUCAGAGCGCGAAAAUCAAGAAGCUUACGAGAAAGAACUGAAAGCACUGCGAAGUCAACAGAAGAAGGAUCGAAGAGACGCCGAUGAAGUCAGUCAAAUCAUGGUCACCGAAUGUCAAGCGUUAUUACGACUGUUCGGUAUCCCAUACAUAACGGCGCCGAUGGAGGCAGAAGCUCAAUGCGCAGAACUCGUUAGGCUGGGGCUGGUGGAUGGUAUCGUAACAGACGACUCGGAUACUUUUCUAUUCGGUGGCACGCGAGUCUACAAGAAUAUGUUCAACAGCAACAAAUUCGUUGAGUGCUAUUUAGGAUCAGACCUCGAACAGGAGCUCUCGCUCUCUCGUGAGCAGCUCAUCUCCAUCGCACAGCUUCUUGGAUCUGAUUACACCGAGGGUCUACCAGGGGUUGGGCCAGUCAACGCGGUGGAGAUUCUGUCCGAAUUUCCAGGUCGAGACGGACUGACAGCAUUCCGUGACUGGUGGCAAGAUGUUCAAAUCAACAACCGACCAAAAGACGCAGAUAAGGGCUCCACAUUCCGAAGAAAGUUCCGCAAGUCCCAAGGCACGAAGCUCUUCCUGCCGGUCGGCUUCCCCAACCCAGCAGUAUUCGACGCCUACUUCAACCCCGAAGUCGACAACACCGAGGAGCCCUUCCAAUGGGGCGUACCGGAUGUCGACGGCCUGCGGAGAUUCCUCAUGUCCACGAUUGGAUGGAGCCAGGAACGCACCGACGAAGUUCUGGUGCCUGUCAUCCGGGACAUGAACCGUCGCGAGACCGAGGGUACCCAGACCAAUAUCACGCGUUACUUCGAAGGCGGUGUUGGGAUCGGUGCCAAAGAGGCCUUUGCGCCGCGGCAGCGCGUUGUGCCUAGUAAGCGCAUGGCUGAAGCGGUUAACAAACUGCGUGCGAAGGGGGUUGUGGAUAGUCUGGCUGAGGGUGACGUCGAGGCUGGGUCUGAAGUUGGGGAGGGUAACAAACGGCGGAAGCGGAAGGCGAGGAAUACUGUUACGGUUGAGGAGAAUGACGACAGUGGUGAUUUUGCAGAAGGGGCAUCUGAUGGACAUGAAGAUGGUAAUCAGGAGACCAGCCGGCGGAAGGGUAAGGGAAGGGCGAAAGCUAAGAAGGCUUGGGCAUGAUAUUGCAGAAUAUUAGAAAGGGAUCCGAAACAGUUUAACCCACGGGUUUACAGUGAAGGUGUGCUUGAUGAGUAAAGGUAUUAGUGAUCGACGAGCUCUCAAUUCAAUGCAUAGUUGACACUGUACCUCUCCAAUUCAACAUAGUGCGCAAUACUUACAUACCACGAGAAGGCCAAAGAAAAUUACCUAUGGCAUUGGCCGUGGCUGGAAUUUUAUACCUGAUACCU